AUGGCACGUGCCAGUGUGCGCCCGGAUACUACGGCCACCGCUGUGAACAUGCGUGCCCUCCCGGUUGGCAUGGCCCUCGCUGCCCAGCUACAGUGUGACUGUGGAAACGGAGCCAGUUGCCAACCCAGCACGGGCCACUGUGUCUGCCCACCCGGGUACCAGGGCACCCGCUGUGAGAAAGAGUGCGAUCAGGGCAGGUUUGGGCAGAGCUGCUCUCAGGUGUGUGAGUGUGAGGAGGGGGUGCCGUGUGAGCCGCUCCGAGGGAGGUGCCUGUGCACAGCGGGGAAGACAGGGGCCAGGUGUGACACAGACUGCAGAGUGAACCUCUAUGGGCCGGACUGCGGUCUGAGCUGCGAGUGGUGA